AUGGAGGGCAUGAUGAUCCUUACCCACGAGUGCAGUGCCAUUAUCCAGAGGUUAGAUGUUCCAAGGAAGCUAGUGGAUCCAGGAUGUUUCACCUUACCUUGUGCUCUAGGACCCAUGGUGUUUGAGCGGUGUAUGUUCGAUCUUAGAGCUAGUGUUAGCUUGAUGCCUUUGUCUAUUGCAAAGAAGCUCGAAUUUACUCAAUACAAGAUGUGUAAACUCUCUUUGGUGUUGGCUGAUAGAUCAGUGAAGAUUCCUGUAGGUAUUUUAGAAGACCUCCCCUUGAUGGUUGGUAACUUUGAGAUCCCUACUGAUUUUGUUGUGUUGGAGAUGGGGGAGGAAGCCCAAGACCCUUUGAUCCUUGGAAGACCAUUCUUAGCCACAACAGGAGCUAUUGUGAAUGUUAAACAAGGAAAGAUUGAUCUACAUCUUGGACAAGAGAACAUCCUCCACUUUGACAUCAAUGAAGUGAUGAAGAAGCCAACCAUACAGAACCAAGUUUUCUACAUUGAUGAAAUGGAUGCUCUAGCUGAUGAGCUUCUAGAGGAGUUGGCACUUAAAGACUCUCUACAGCAUGCCUUAACAAUUGAGAGAGAAGUCUAA